AUGCUCAACCGACGAAUACAAUUUCGACGUCAAAAUACAUUGCGGCAUUUAAAACUAUUGCUUCUAGUAUUAGUAGUGGUAUUUCAAAUUUUCUUUAUUUUCUGGUAUCGUAGAGUGGAUGAUAAUAAUAAUGAUAAUGAUAAUACCAUGAUAUUGAAACCUGUUAAAGAGAAUCAUCAGAUGUCUCUUAUUGCUGAAAAAUCUGAAUUAGUUGAAAAUGCAUUAACAGUUGUACUAAUGUCUUAUCCUUUGACAAGGCGAAUGCAUCGUUUAAUUCAGAUUCUCAAUAGAAUUUUAUAUGAAUGGCCUAAAGAUGAGCAUCUUAUUCAUGAAGUAAUUUUAGUUUGGAAUGGUCCAGAAGAAACUAUUCCAUUAGAAUUGCGUGAAUUACAAAGAUUAUAUGAAACGGAGACUAAAAAACGUAAUGAUGUCCUUAAUCAGGCACCACUUCUACGUUUUUUACCUCAGAAAGAAAAUAGUUUGACAAAUCGCUGGUUAAUUGCACCUUUUAUUCAUACUGAAGCUGUUCUUAAUAUGGAUGAUGAUAUCGAUAUUCCUUACUCUACUAUAAAGUGUAUAUUUGCUGUUUGGCAGCGAUCACCUUUUUCUCUUGUUGCGGUAGAUGUACGGGCAGUUGUGGAGUGUACAACUAUAACACCAAUGUGUGGACGUUUUGGUCCUUUUGGUUACGCAGCGCGAGAGCGGUUAGAAGGAAAUAAAACAAAGUUUGCCUAUAAUAUAGCUUUACCACGUGCUCUUAUUAGUUCCCGUAUUUAUUAUAAGGCUUUUGCUGAAUCUUAUCAACGAGUGGUACAUGUAGCUUCCUAUAAUACCUCCUCUGGACCUUUACCAGCCCGUGAGGAUUCAUUGGAGCGUAUUGUAAGAGAACUUCUCUGUGAUGAUAUUGCGUUUAACUACGCAGCAGCAAAUGCUUCUGUUUAUACAUGGUGGGAUGAUGGAAAUGGACCAGUUCAUCGACGACAAUCUAAAGCUGCUGCACUCUUCGUUACAGGAGCUGUGAAAUCAUUCCCUGAGUUUUCUGGUGCUGGUGCUCUUACAUCGCAAAAAGGUAUGAAGUUAAGGCGACGGCUCUGUGUAAAUCGUCUCGCGAUGCUUUUUUCUCAAGAUGGUGGACAGACACCUUUUAGGCUUGAACGUCAAACUUGGCAAGGGGGAUGUAGUGUCAGAGAGUAA